ACUGUUUAGCCAUGGAAACUAGCUUUGUUAUGCAUCAAAGUGCUGUUUAGGCCAAAUGGGGCUUCACCCAUUUCUCCAGAAUUCAUGGGUUUAGCUAGGGUUUUGGAAAAGUUGAAACCCUCCAAUUUAAAUUGUAGACCAAAGGAUUCAUCCUUCGUCGUAAACAUUUAGCACAACAUGCACAUAAUUAAGGGUGCAUGGUCUAUGCCAACAAUCGCACUUGCUACUUGCAAGGACUCUGGGGGAAAGAAGACGAGGAUUAGGCGCUCAAAGGAGGAGAGAAAAUCUAUGGUUGAGACUUUUAUAAAGACAUAUCAGAAGUCAAAUGACGGGAGUUUUCCUUCACUUCGUCUUACACACAAGGAAGUUGGUGGCUCAUUCUACACAGUACGAGAAAUUGUUCGAGAAAUAAUUCAAGAAAACAGAGUUUUGGGGCCCGUUAAGUUAAAUUCGGAAGAGCAGACUGACCAAAUCUCUCUGGAACAACAUCCAUUAGGAUCCCUAUGUACUGAAUCUCAUCCUUCUUUGUCAUCAACAGGUGAAAUUCAUGUUAUAACAGAUGCUGCACCUAACCGUUACCAGGGCACAAUUGAAAACGAUGUUUUAGAUUCCAACAGUCAUUUUCAUGGAGCAGAUAACAGUUUAGAUAAUGGGAAAACUGUCAGUGCUAGAAGUGGGAGAAGCAAAGGGAACGAAGGAUGCGAAGAACCAGCUACAGCUGAUUUUGUACAUGAUUAUAAUGAAAACAUCCAAGAACAACUUUUGCACUCUAAUCGGGAAUUCCCUGUGUCAUAUGAUCAAAAGUUUCGCAAUGAAGAAACUGUUGGGUGCACUAAUACAUUUGAUAAAGAUGAGAAUUCAAGUAAAUCUGGCACAGUCAAUAGUUCAUCUCUUCAUCAACAAGAUGCCACUGAAAAUCAGGUUCAUUAUCUCGGUGUGAACAUUACUGAAGCCUGCAAUCAGAGUCUUGAUGAACAAAUUAUUGAUGGAAGUAGUCCUAGGGCUGAAAAAGACCAAGCGUGUGGAGAAUCAGUCUAUAUAGAGUCACUGAUAACGCAAAUUCCUGAUAAGAAGGUCGAUGGGAUAGAAAAACUAGAAGAGUCAAAAGUUGGGAUAACUCAGAAAACUUCAGAUGUAGUGGUUGAAAAGUUUUCACCGCACGCCAUGUCUACAACAAUUGAUCACCGUGAUGGCAAAUUAAGUGAAACAGGUGAUGCUUCACACAGAACCGGAAGAGAACCCGACGGUGGAAACUUUUCAGAAAAUUGUUCUGGUUUGAUGAGUGAGCAGGUUGAUGUGGCGAAAAGGGAAACCCUGCUGGAAUCUGGAGAGUCAUCUUUGCAAAUUUCAACUUCCUCUCCAAACGAAAUAGCAGGUGAUACUGAAUUCAAAGCUGACGAUUCAUCUGCUAUAAUUAAGACGUCAAAUGGUAGUAGUACCAACAGUUCCCAGACAACAUUUGUUCCCGAGGAGUCCCGUGCAAUCAACAACACACCUAGUGUUCAACGAAAUAGUAUCCACCAGAAAGGACCGAACCCUCCAGUCAGUAGACCAAAUCUUGAAACACGGAAAACUGCAACAGUGACACCCAACAAAUCCGAACCCAAUCCUCUACUGGCCUUAUUCAAGGCCUUCGUGACCGCUUUUGUGAAAUUCUGGACCGAAGAAUGACCCAUUCACUAUUUUCUAUUUUUCUCGAGAACAGACAGUUUAACCGUCAUUUUCACACCCGACUUUUACUCUUUACCCGCUGGCAGGCUGGCAUGGCAAAGGGCGUCGCUUUUGUGUUAAAAAAUAUGCAGUAGUUGACUUAGUUCCCUGUGAAAUGAUCAAGAAUGUGAAGGGAGGUUUGUUUAUUUGUUUGAUUAUGGGUUUGCAGAGUGCAGUGCAUGUGAAAGGUGUAUUUAAUUGUGAUGAAGAUUGAGAGAAGAUGUGUUGUGCCAUGCUCUUACCACAAAUGAACAAAUCCUACUUUAUUCCACUAGAGAUGAGAGAAGAACAUAGGAUUCUAUGAUCCAAAAAUGUGCAUUGUCCUUCAAACACACAGCACAUGGAUCCCAAGAAGGAACACUACCAUCUCUUGUGCUUAUCGCUUUCCCUCACUAUUAUUAAUUGUCAUCUCACCAUUUCAAGACAGCCGUAUCUCAUUAAUAUAAUGUCUUGCACCUA